AUGGCAUCUCCUUCCCUUCCCUACUUAUUCCUUUUCUCUGUGACGGUGAUGGCAACGAGUGUCUCGGUCCAUGGCCAUGCCGCGAGGACCAAGAGGCUGCGUUGCUCGGGCUCAAGAGCGAGUGGAAAUUCGACCCUUCUUAUUCGAAGAAACUGGGGCAUUGGAAUCAAAGCAAUGAGUGUUGCAGCUGGGCUGGUGUGCAAUGUAUUGAUGGUUAUUUUGAGAAAUCUGACAAUGUUAGAUUUGAAUUCUAAUUCAUUGGGUGGCAUGAUUCCCCACCAAUUGUUUGCCCUUCACCAGCUCAUGUACCUCUCACUCUCAAACAACUUGUUCAACAACAUUUCCCAACCCGAAAUCGACGAAUUUCUCGCCCUUACUCAACCCGAAAGCGAAGAAUACAGCAUAGAAUUCCUGGGCCACUUCUUAGACCUUGCUAACAACAAUCUAACCGGAGAUAUUCCAAUCUUCUUCUGCAGUUACCCAACCUUCACCGUUGGCCUCGACUUGUCCUUCAAUAACUUCAUCGGUAGCAUACCUCCCUGCCUACUGCAAAACCUCAAAGUGCUCAACUUGAGGGGGAAUAGACGGCAGCAUCCCGGAUCAAUUUCAGAGAUGCUCCCUUUCCUCGUUGGACCUCAGCAACAACGACUUGGGCGGGGAGAUUCCAAAGUCCAUUGCAAACUGUGGCUCCUUGCGCGUCUUGAAUGUGGGAUACAACAACUUUCAUUAUGUCUUCCCAUGCAUGCUGCCUCCAAGCUUGUCGGUUCUCGUGUUGCGUUUCAACAGAUUCGAUGGCGAGGUCAGUGGAAGCUCGGUUCGUUAAGAUUCUCGGGAUGGAAAGGAAUGAUACUACACGCGUAUGCGACACGUCAUCUGACAUUAAAGCCUGACCAGCCUAACAGAAAAGCAAUGUCAUCUAGCCAAAGCUCAACUGGGGACACAAGCUCAGCAGGAGAAGCACAUGGGGACUUUGGGCUGCCAGACGAAAACAGGCGUAAAAAAAGAAUUAUUAAUGUUGGUUCUCCAUUGGAUUACUACCAUAAUGAGGUGACAUUAACCAUGAAGGGGAUUGAGCUUAAUCUUGUCAAGAUAACUCCGGAGUAUACGUGCAUUGAUUUCUCUUCCAACAGUUUCAACGGAGGCAUACCAGAUGCAAUCGGUGAUCUAAGCUCACUCUUUCUUCUCAACUUAUCCCACAACGCUCUCACUGGCGCAAUCCCAAGAUCACUAGCUGCCCUGAGGCUACUAGAAGCGCUUGACCUCUCUGUCAACCUGCUCAGAGGAAGAAUACCAGAGGAGCUUGCGCGCCUCACAUUCCUUUCAUUCUUGAAUGUGUCUAACAAUGUGCUUGUCGGAGGUAUUCCAAGUGGCCCACAAUUCCAAACAUUUUCUCCGAAUUCCUUUGAAGGGAACAAAGGGUUAUGCGGCUUCCCACUCGACAGAAACUGCAACGGGCCGCCUGGGGCUGGUAUCACGUCAUCAAAAUUGAAACACAAGGAGAUAGAAUGGGAAUAUGUGUUUGCUGCUCUUGGUUAUGUUGUGGGAUUAGGAAGCAUUUUCUGGGCACUUUUAUGUUGCAGAAGCUUUAGGGAGCCAUACUUUGAGAAGAUAGAAGAGGUUGCUGAGGAGAUAUUGAACCGAAGAGCCGCGAAAAGAAGAGAAGAAAAUAGAUGA